AAAAUAAUCGAUCAUUUGGAAAGUCGAAAGUGUGAAAAUUGUGGGACGAAUAUUGAAAACUCCGUUCAGUUAGCAUACUCGUAAUGCCGCUUGAACUGAUUGUCAUAUCGCUGAUGCGCACCAGCAAAUGGAUCAAUGUGCUGAUGAUGAAUUCCCCGGAAGAUGACAGUACCGGACAACGGCGUAUCGUUGUGACGUCCAAUGGAAUCCGAUGGAUCGAGCAGGAUUUUGAGCAGUUUACACCCCUGGGCAAAUUCUUUGAGAUCAAUACGAAUCCAGAGGAAGGCUUAACCGUGGACAAGGAGACUGACAGCGAGACGGCCAUGAAGAUCAGUCUGCUCAGCAUCAACGACGAGGCCUUGGAGAAGCACACAGUGAACGUGGUCAUUGAGGGAGUGCAUCUGCAGCUAAAUGAAUCCAUGGCCUGUGGGCUACAGUGUAGCAACUGCUACAAGGAUCUGGUGGACAUGCGUCGCUUUAACUGCAUAAGACCCAUGCCCAUCUACACCUUGAAGCCAACGAAGUACUUUUGUUCCAACGACCAGAUGCAUUCAACUAUCUGCGAGGGUGACCUGUACUACGCCCUCAACUAUAUUGUGAUUAGUCCCAUGAUUUUGGGCAAGCGCGUCAUACGGAAUCGGGAACAUCUCCACUGCAGUCGUUGCCUCCAGCUGGUGGGUGAAUCUCUGGGAGAGCAAAUGGCAGUGCAGCUGUUUGUGGAUACGUUAUUCGUUUCGUCACGGAGCCAGCAUGAAGUGGGUCGACUGGAGCAUCUGUUUGAUCAGUUGACAGUGUCGCAGCUCAUGCUGCAUCUGUUGCAUGAUGCAGUGCCGAUUAGCGAGGAGAAGACUCGGCUAUUCCUGAAGACAGUGCGUUCCGAUGGCCAACUGCACUAUAUGCUGCUCCUGGUGGACACGAGUCAGCUUCACCUGCUGCGUUCCAAGCUCUCUCUUAGCGAGCAUCUCAAUUCAACCAACGGCAGACGGAGGAGCCCGAAGAGUUACAAUGAACUGGAGCCGGAACCAAAACGUCAGCGUCUGUCUGACAUAAAGCCCGUCCAUGAAGUGGAGGUAAGGGGUUUCCGGGGCUGCCGCAUCAGCUAUCACAUCUUCUCCAGCGAUGAGCAGCUGGCGGCCAACGACGAGCUCAUCGAGCAGUGGCACAAAGACGGCACUCCCAUGUUGCGCAUCUCCUAUGCCAUGAUGAUGGACUUGCACCGCGAGCUGAAGAUCAAUGAAACCCUGGUGGCCAAAAUGGAACGAAGUACGCCCGAUGUGAAGGAAGGCCGCACUAGCUAUAUCAUCUAUCAUAACUAGCAGAAGCACUUGACUUUAUCAGUUGAGCUCUAAUUAUAUUAAAACCUAUUUAUCGGUUAAA